AUGUCUCUUACUUCCACUGAAACUCUUAUGAAUGGGGAGGACACUUCUGGCUAUGACAAUGCGGCCAAAGUCUUCCUGCUCGGUGGUGACCCCAAAGCCAACAUCGACAAGUUGGACCCCUCCGACCCUGCAAACACUUUCAUUCUUAAUUCUGAAGACUUUGUCAAUCUUCAGAAGUAUGUCCGUGCUUGCACUGUUCUUCCUUCUUCAGAGCAGUUGUUUGAAGCCGAGUAUUCUAAGGAGAAUCUGAAAAAGUUUUUCGAUUCUGAUGACACCUUGUACGAUUAUAUGAAGAUCGUCCUUCCACGAAUGCACAAGAGAGCCAAUGAGUUCCAAAUCGAUACCAUCGAACCAAUGAUCACCCUUGGAGGUCGCAUUGGCAACUUUGCCAAAGACUCGGGAAAGUACAUUGAAACAAUUGUCGCGAGUCUUAUGAUCAUGGGCGAGCCUGGAAUGGUGAGAGGCAGUCUUAAAUUUGACGCCGCAAAGAGGAAGGUUGACACAUUGCUCGAUCGACUGACCGUGCAUGCGAAAGAGGUCGAAGACAAGUGUGGUGAGAUGUUUGACAAGCUCUCCAAGUACAAAACGGACACGGAGAACGAAGAUCUAAAGGAUAUUCUUGAAAUUGACAGACGCCUGAAGAAGAUCAUUCCAGAUGAAGAAGCAAAAAAGAGCAAAGUGCAGAAGUUAAUCGACGAGGCCAAGUAUCUUGUGGACGGCGCAAGGCUCAUGCUGGAAGCCGAGGCGGAAAAGGCUCGUGAGGCAGGCAGGCUGAAGUGGUACCACUACAUUCCUGUCGUUGGCACGAUCCUCUUGAUUGUGGAUAUCAUCAAGCACAGAGGAUUAGUGAACUCUCUUAACGAACUUAAUGAAAAAUAUCAGCUGGAGAGGAAGAAAGGAGAGAACGCUAUUGAAUCGAUUACUGCUGCCUCCCAUCAACUUGAUUCUCUCACGUCAGAGAUCAAAGGCGUAACAGACACAAUUAACAAUGCUUUGCAGGCCGUAGGGAAGAUGCAGAAAACCUUUGGAGCCCUCCAAACCAUGUUUCAGGAUAUCAAGAAGAAGUUGACGAACGUCAACAGUGAUGUUAAUGAUGAGAUGGCUUUUGAUUACGAUCUUCCCAUGGAUGACCUUAAAGACUCUGCAGAAACCUGGAAGCGGGUUCAUAUCUUGUCUCAGGUUUUCCAGAGCACUGGCCUUGUCGUUGACGCAAAGGAUGCGCCUGGGCAAGCAGAAGAUGAAAAGGCAACGUGA